UUGUUCUGACUUUGACGUUGCAAGCCAGCGUGGUUUUGUCGCUACUCAGAGCAUGUUUAGGUUUCAGUGACAAUUCUUAGCAUCUUGUUGGCUCCCCCGAGACCUUCACCUGAAAUUGUUUAGAUACUGGAGUCUGGACAACAAUUUGCACAUAUGAAUCAACUGCGAAGCGAGUUUAGUUUGUUGUGUUACAACUAGUGAAGGGGUUUUUCACCUGGCAUGACGGUGGUGAUGAUUGUUGUGUUUUGUCCAAUUUCUCUUCACUAAUCUACAAUGAUCGCUGUUUAGAUGGAUGCCGGUACUUUCCCACAACCGAGGAAAACAUUACAGCACUUUAUAACUGGAUUGAAAUUGAGCUUUUCAACCGAAAUCUAAUUUUUGAAGGCAAGCGAGACCGACCGUUUGGGAGUGGGGCUCGCUACAAGAGAUACCCGCUCAAAGCACGAUCAUAAAUUUCGUAAUUUGUCAUCGCACUGGAUUUUUGCCUUAUCGUUUGGCUUCUUUAGUUACUCUUCGUCUCAUCGUGGUGAACGGACAAAGACGUGGAAUACAAAGUACGAAAUAUAUUUUUUGAUGGCCUGUGAAGAAAAGCCAAAGUUAAAGACAAUUUGGAAAUGACUAUAUAGUACUUUUGGAUCGUAGAGGACCACUGUGGAGGGAACUACGAUCUUUGAAAGUUCGUUAGUGCGUUUACGAAGUGGCGAGACGAUCUUGCCAUGGCAGAUCCGUAUUUGGGGAUGUUUGAAUCGGGGAGCUCUACUAUKGAGGACAUGACGAGCUUACAGAGUUCUCCGUAUGGGUCAUUUGGAAAUCAAACCCCUCAGUCUUCAGAUAGACUUCAACAUAGUAGCUCGUUCCCUUCGUUUUCUAACCAGAAUCAAACAGCAAGCGACAGCGGUCAACAGCCAUCACUACAGCACUUCGUAGAUCCAAUGUCCGCAUCAACGCAAGGUGGUUUUGUUCAAAACUCGCAGAAAUUGCAACAUUUCAACGACCCACUAUUGUCAUCAUCCCCUGGACAGCCAUUUGCUUCAAUGCAAGGCGAUCAACAGCAACAGUUUACACAGUUACAGAAUCGUUCGAUGCAACAGUUUGGCCCUCGAGGUUCACAGAUGAAUGUGUCGUGGCGAGGACCCCAACCGCCUCCAUCUUCGUCGUACCCCUUCGUUGAUCAAACACGUCCUGCCUCUACAAUGCAACAAGCUCCUUACAGAGGAUUAUUUGAUUACGGAUAUCCACGUGCUAGCUCUCCUCGACUUCAACAUUACGCGGACCAACAACARACUUUAAAUAACGUUAACAUGUCGCCAGUUUCACAGGCUUCUCGUCUAGGCCAACAACAAGUGCCCUCACCGAACUCAAAUUUACGAUUUUCAACUCCUUCACCGGAGAGAUCGAAUUCAAAACAGCAACAACAAGCACAACAAGAGAGUCCACAAUCACAGCUUAGGCAUUUUCCGAAUAUGAUCGAUUUGAACCAACAACAACAGGACUUAACAAGUGGGAUGUCACCAAAUUCAGUACCCACAUCAGGAAAGGAUGGCACACAGCCUAAACCUGUUCAGAAUUUCCCCCCAUUUUAUGGAAUGAAAGGCAAUAAUGUGCCAAUGUCUAGAGACUCGCCAGGCAAUGGCAAUAUGGACCCGACUAUGUUUAACUCCUAUAAUAAUCCUUCCAUGCAUGGGUAUGGCAUGGGUAUGGACGAAAAUACUGAGGGUUUUAAUCCCAUGGCCCAAGGACAGGGUUACCAGUACCCAGGAUAUGGUAUUUCAUCACCACAGGAUCUAGCACAGCUUAAAACAUCUUCUAUUUUACUACAAAUGCAGCGUCACCAACAACAGAUACAACAGUUGCGAGAGAUGCCUCAGCAACCCCCUCAAGUCCAGGCACAGAUUCAGCAACUUCAACAUCAGUUUCAGCAACUUUGUCAYGCUUAUAUGAUUCAGCAACAACGAAUGCAACAGAAUUAUCAAAUGCAGAGUCAGAAUCAGAUGUAUGUGAGGCAGUUACCUCAAGAAAAAGCAAAUCGGAUAGCAGUUGAAGCAAUGGCAAAGUCAGCAUUUCAGAAUGAUACGUCCAUGAUGAUGCCACAGUUUCCUCCUUUUCCAGGCACCCAACGCAAGCCUAAUAAUGGUAAUAAUCCCAUGACUCCAGAUAGAAAUAUGGCGUUUAAAGGGUCAGAGCCCAUUCAACUUGGUCCGUCAAUUGUAAACAAACCAGUCGCCAGGAUGUCAAGGCCGCCAGCUACUGUAUUAUCAAAGCCGUCUCCACAAAAGAACAAAAAAGAAGAUUCAGACUGCGAACCUACGCCACCAUCCUCUCCACUUGGUUUUGAUGAAGACCAGGGUUCAAGUAUUACCCGGAGAUCUCUACGUGAAAGACGCAAAAAGACAUACAAAGAUGACUUUGAUUAUAAUUUAUCAGACGAUGAUGGAGAUGGGAAGCACCAYCAUCACCCCCAACCAGCUUCUGUUCCUAUUUCCAACACUGCAGCUCCAACCAGUGAAGCUGUACCAGUUCCUCCUGUAGAGGAGUACGAGGAGACUAUGAUAGUAGAGAAAAUUUUAGCAAAGAGAGUACGAGAUGUUAAGAGUGAAGAAGGAGAAUCAACUACACCAGUAGAAGAAUUCCUCGUCAAAUACAAAAACUACUCCUACCUACACUCAGAAUGGGCUACACAAGAGAAACUUGCAAGAGGGGACAAAAGAAUCCAGAUGAAAAUAAAACGCUAUAUUGCCAAACAGCAAAACAUCUCACCUUUCUUUCAAGAAAUGGAAGAUGAACCAUUUAAUCCCGAUUAUGUGGAGGUAGAUCGCGUCUUGGAUGUAUCAACUGGAAUUGAUCAACAUUCAGGAGAGCCCAUUACUCAUUAUCUUGUAAAGUGGCGUUCUUUACCUUACGAGGACAGUACCUGGGAAGUCGAGGCUGAUGUUGAGGAGUCAAAAGUACAGGAUUUCUAUAAACUAAGAGAACCGCCACCAAUGCAUCUAAGACAGUUCCGGCCAAGACCUCAUCCACACGAAUGGCUCAGAUUAGAUCAAUCUCCAGUAUUUAAAGAUGGCAAUACUCUACGAGAGUACCAGUUAGAGGGUGUCAAUUGGCUAUCUUUCUGUUGGUGUAAUAGACAAAAUUCUAUUCUCGCUGAUGAGAUGGGUUUAGGUAAAACAAUUCAAUCGAUAGCAUUUACUUGUCAGAUGCAGCGUUAUGGUGUACGAGGACCCUUCUUAAUCAUAGCUCCUUUGUCAACAAUUUCUAACUGGCUUCGAGAAUAUGAGUCCUGGACAGACAUGAAUGUUGUUGUCUAUCAUGGAAGUGCUUCCAGUCGACAUCUCAUCCAGGAGUAUGAAUUCUACCACAGAGAUGAACUUGGUCAUCCAAUUCCUGGMAUUUUCAAGUUCCAAGUGAUUGUGACUACAUAUGAGAUAAUUAUCGCUGAUAACAUGCAACUCUGUACUGUGCCAUGGAGAGCUGUUAUUAUUGAUGAGGCACAUCGCCUUAAGAAUCGAAAYUGCAAGCUACUGGAAGGCUUAAACAACUUAAAAAUGGAACACAGAAUUCUUCUUACUGGAACACCACUUCAGAACAAUGUAGAUGAGCUGUUCAGUCUAUUGAACUUCCUUGAACCUGCACAGUUUCCUUGCCAGGAAGCCUUCUUAAUGGAGUUUGGUAACUUGAAGACUGAGGGACAAGUGGAGAARCUCAAACAGCUAUUGAAGCCAAUGAUGUUAAGAAGACUGAAAGAAGAUGUAGAGAAGAACAUUGCCCCAAAAGAAGAGACCAUUAUUGAGGUUGAACUGACUACAGUCCAAAAGAAGUUCUACCGUGCUAUCAUAGAAAGAAAYUUUGCCUUCCUGGCCAAGGGUGCAGGGUCUUCAGCCAAUGUACCAAACCUGAUGAACACCAUGAUGGAGCUUAGAAAAUGCUGCAACCAUCCAUUCUUAAUCAAUGGAGCCGAGGAGAAGAUAAUGUCCGAGUACAACCAAGUUGUCAAUCACAGAGUUGACAGACAUAUGCAYGCAAUGAUAGAAGCCUCUGGAAAGCUUGUCUUGAUYCAUAAACUAUUACCMAAACUCAAGAUUGGAGGMCACAAGGUUCUUGUCUUCUCGCARAUGGUACGGUGCCUGGACAUCAUGGAGGAUUACCUGGUCCAUAUGAAGUACCCCUAUGAAAGAAUUGAUGGUCGUGUGCGUGGGAACUUGCGCCAGGCAGCUAUUGAUCGAUUYUCCAAGCCAGAUUCUGAUCGAUUUGURUUCUUGUURUGUACUCGUGCUGGUGGACUGGGUAUUAACCUCACAGCCGCUGAUACCGUCAUCAUCUUUGACUCUGAUUGGAAUCCWCAGAAUGAUCUYCAAGCACAAGCAMGAUGUCACAGGAUUGGUCAGAGUAAAUCUGUCAAGGUUUACAGGUUAAUUACCAGGAAUUCCUAUGAACGAGAGAUGUUUGAUAGAGCUAGUCUAAAGCUUGGUUUGGAUAAGGCUGURCUGCAGUCAAUGAACACUAAAGAGAAUGCUGGUAGCAAUGGUUCAAUGUCUAAGAGAGAGAUAGAAGACCUUCUCAAGAGAGGUGCCUAUGGUGCAAUCAUGGAUGAAGAUGGUGACGAUGCAGCCAAAUUCUGUGAAGAAGAUAUCGAUCAGAUCCUGGAAAGAAGAACUCAAGUAAUCCAGAUUGAAUCUGAAGGCAAAGGCUCUACAUUUGCAAAGGCCAGUUUUGUGUCUGCAAGAGGAGAAGAGGACAUUGAUAUUGAUGAUCCUGACUUUUGGAAAAAGUGGGCCAAGAAAGCAGAUCUUGACAUGGACUACAUGAAUAACAAGGACGAACGUAUCAUUGAUGUUCCUCGUCAGCGCCGACAAACAAAGAGGUAUGGAAAUGAAGAUGGUGACUUUGAACUCUCUGAUCUAGAGGAAGAAGAAGAGGUCAUAGUACCAAGAAGAGCUGCCUGGACAAGAGUAGAGUGUUUCAGAGUGGAAAAGAAUCUACUUAUUUAUGGCUGGGGAAGGUUCAAGGAAAUACUCCUACAUGGUCGAUUCAAAAGCAAACUUGCAGAAAGAGAUGUUGAAUGCAUUGCUCGCUCCAUCCUGGUGUACUGUCUUCAUCAUUACCAUGGUGACGACAAGGUCAAGUUGUUCAUACGUGACAUCAUCAAGGCUUCGGUAUCAAGAGACAAAGGUUGUCAUGACGACAGAGACAAGACCUACUCACCAAUCUCCACUCCUUCCAAGGGAAAAGGACGUGGGAAGAGAGGCAAGAGCUCUUCUAAGAAUACCAACAAGAGUGCUAUAGCUUUGAUUGAAGUUGGACUGGACUGGAAGAGCAUUGAUCCUGAGAGCAUUGUGCUGGAUAAUGGCUACAAAAAACAUCUACAACAUCACUGUAACAAGAUUCUACUUCGUGUCAGACUUCUGUUUUAUCUCAAGACUGAAGUCAUUGGAAGUCUGGCUCCAUUGAUUAAAGAAGGAGCAUGUGCUAAUGCAAGUGACCUCGAUAUCACUAUCUACACACCAGAAGGUGAUCCUCCUGCUGACUGGUGGGAUACCGAUGCAGAUAAGUCACUUCUUGUUGGUGUGUUCAAGCAUGGAUAUGAGAGAUAUAAUCUUAUCAGAGCUGAUCCAAUGCUGUGCUUCAUAUCAAGAGUUGGACUUCCUCGUAGUGGUUCUGAUCAUGUUGAGAAUGACAAUGCAGAACAAGAUGACAGGGAUGAUGAUGAGGGUAAUGAUGAUCCAGAUUAUCAACAACCAACCAACAUCAAAGACGAAGAUGAUCUUGAUGAUGAUGAAGACAAGGAUACAGUUUCAGCCGUUUCAUCUCCUGCAACACCAAGAAAAGCAAAAGAGACCACUGAAGGUGGUGAACACAACUCAUCUGGUUUAAGAUGGCCUUCUGCAUCGGACUUGAACACAAGACUAAGAAGAUUAGUGAAUGGUUAUCAAAGAGUUCACAGACGGCAAGAAAUGAAGAAAGCUGCUGCAGAAAAGGAAAGAGAGAGAAAGGAAAAGUUUGAAGAAGCAAUACGACAAAAAGAACAGAAGAAACUAGAAAUGGCGCAAAAAUGGUCCAAGAGAGAAGAAGUUGAUUUUUACAGAACUGUCUCUACAUUUGGUGUUGAAUACCAUAAGGAAUCUGAUACCUAUGACUGGUUACAAUUCAGGUCAUUUGCUAAACAUAAUUUCAGACGACUUGCUCGUUUGGACAAGAAGAAUGAUGACCGAUUGACAGCAUACUUCAAAGACUUCAUGGCAAUGUGUAGGACAGUGUGUGGUCGACCACUAGAUGAAGACAGAGAACGAGGGGCUAAUGUUGAACCCAUUACUGAAGAGAGAGCAAGCAGAUGCUUAUUCAGAAUACAGCUUUUAUCUAAAUUAAGAGAAACAGUUCUUCCACACCCUGAAUUAGAUGAAAGACUCAAACUUGCCCAACCAUCCUCAGACUUCCCAGAAUGGUGGAUACCUGGAGUACAUGACAAGGACUUAAUGAGGGGAGUUACUCGGCAUGGCCUUGUUAGGACUGACUACCACGUACUAAACGACCCAGAGUUGUGUUUUGCUGAAAUUCUCACAAGAAUUGCCACACAGGCAAAACAAGCUGAGAAACCUCCUACUACAUCUGAGAUAGCUAACCCCACACAGCUACAAAACACCUCUAACAACACUGAUGCACAAAAAGACACUGAAACAAAGCCUUUAGAUGGCGAAAAACAGUUCAGUGAAGAGUCUGAAACAACAAAUGCCAUAACACAUCCCAAUGGGACUGAAGCCAAGGAAAAAGUAGACUGGACUGAGAAUAGAUCGUCACCAAGUCACCAGUCAGAUAGCCAAUAUAGUGCCGACAGUCUACCUAAGAUAUUAGACAAUGAAGAGUCUGAGGUUCCAAACUCUUUGCCUCCAGUUGGAUCAGUAAUAAACGCAGUUGGAAUUGCCGAGGAUGAUUCUCAGAUGAGUACUGAGGGAGGGGUCGGUGGCUUUGGUGAGAGCACAAUGGUUCACGUCAAAUGGCCAAAGGAUCGUAUAGUCAUGCAGCGACUUGAUCAACUCUGCGACUGUGUUAUAAAGGGUGUCUGGCCAGUCCGCCCCAAACCAGAACCUCUGUUAUCAAACCAGCUAGGCGUCACCUCUCCAACUGUCUUAUCCAACUUGGUUGACAUGGACAGUGCACUGAUGCAUCCUGGUCUAAUGCUGGAUGGCAACAAAGACGAUGCAAGCAAGGCUUUUCAGGUCCAGAGGAUUGAUGGAUUGAAGUUGUCUUUGAAAAAACACAGACGGAAAAGGAGGAAAGACGGUUUGCUGAAAGAAGGAGACACAGAUAGUAUUGGAAGUGACAGUGAUUUGGCACCAAGUCAUCGCAAACCUCGAAAGAUGAAAAAAGAUGCCAACUUCUGGUCCGAGCAUGCAUUAAGUAUGGACUUAGGCCUCUCACAUCAGCAGCACCACCUGGGUGACAUCCCAUUGGAGGAAAAAACUCCCAAAAAACGACGACGGAAGAAGGAGGACAAGGGGGAGAAACCUGAGAAGUCUGGGACAGGCAAAAAGAGGGGGCGUAAGCCUAAGUCCAGUAAGCUCGGAUCUGCGGGCACGCAUGACCCUGGUGGUACCCCCAUGGGUGAAUAUUUAGGUCAUGAAUGGACAGGGGGAGGCCUGUCAUCAUCCGUGGUGCAAGCAGUCGGCAACCCAAGUGUUCCUGAUAGGUUUGGGGAAUCUAUAAACUCUAGUGAGCGACCAAAACCAGAAAAUGUUGAAAAACAGGGUGGUCCAUUGCCAUCUUUGUUCAAUCGASCACCUGGUGAGCCACAAAGAUCAAAUCCAACCACCCCUACAGGGGCAGUGCCUCCUGCGCCCCAUCAAUUCUCAAUGGGAGUUUAUAAUGACACUAAUUUUAGCAAUGCUUCCAAGCAAGAUGAUCAAGAUUCAUCAGAUUCAUCGUCACAUUCAAGUCCAUCACCUCAAGCAAAUUCAUUCACUUCCCCUGGAUAUAAUUACAACAGUGGCUACCAACACCCAUAUGGGCAUUAUGGUGGGGUGUCGUAUGCACCCCCUUAUGGUAUGGGCGUGGCCCCACCAAACUCUGCUAAGUCUCCAGUUGCAUCAAGCCCUUCUGCGAUGACACCACAUUUCAUGUUCGGAAGUGCAUAUAACUCAAUGUAUAAUACUCAGGGCAGUUAUGGCAGCUACCCAUACUUAGGGUUAAAUAACGGAGGCCCUGCCCGAGCAGUUGGACUUAACAAGGAUGGUAAUGUUAAGGGGGAAGAUGGCUUGUCCCAUGAAGCACUUGGCAAGCCUAAUUUCAACUCGCCAACAGAACAAGGAGCUGUGGCAAAACCUCAAAGUAAAAGCCCCAAAUCAUUACUAACUUAAGCUUUAAAUUGAAAGUGAUUUUUAAAUUAAUUAUUGUACUUAUUUCUCUGUGUUUUUUGAUGGUCAGGAUAGGGAGUUAGAAAGUUAUUUCUCUUGUUGAUGAUUGUAUGUAUUUGUCAUUUUAUAUUAAUCAAAUUCAUGUGUCAAGUUAAGGUAUUCAGCAUGAAGGCUGGGGGAAAUGUUCAUGGUUUUCUCUUCAAAAUUGUUUAAAAAAAGCUUUCUUAUAUUUAAAUCCCUUUCAAAUGAGUUAACUAUUGCAUUCCUUCAUGCUGUAUUGCCUUCGCUGGAUGCCCUCAUCUUGAAAUUAUCCAAAGUAUUAAAAUGAAUAGUGGUAGCCAUAGCCAAAGUAGAGACAUUAGUAGGUGUGUUAGACUUGAUCUAACCAGUAGCAAAGCUUAUAGCCAUAGGUUCAGUAGCAUGUAGAUAUGUAGUUUAAAUGUAUGUUAUUGUGUUUGUCAUUAUUUGUCUUGUACUCCAAUACUUUUUAUCCAAACAGCCAUACUUGCAAAUCAUUAUUAGUCUAUACUUCAAGUUUCUCAGUUCUCUUUGCUAUUCCUCAAUUGAAUUUAUUCACUCAUAUUUAAUACAUAUUAUCUAGCACUUAAACUCAUUUUUUCUGUGAAAGUUAAGUGAUUAUAACAAUAUUUUAGUGUCUUUUGAUGUUGUAAUUUAUUGAGGCACUCAAUCAAGUGUCAUUCUUCGUAAUACUUAAAAAAAAAGAACAGUUAUAUCACAAUAAGCAGCUGCUUUCAUGACAGUUUGCUGUUUCGAUUGAGCUAUUUUAAGUGCUGCAGCCAAAUGCCAGAACCGCGUUUAGUUUUCAGUGAAUUUCUAUGCAAGUUUCUCUGGCUGUGGUGACAAAGCUCAGUGGCAAUUUGUAUUCUUAUAAUGUAAUAUUAUUAUUACUAUACCCAUAGUCGUUGUAUAUACAUGCACCUAGCCUAUUUGUGUGCUAUUUCUAAUGGUAUUUCCAAUACUUUUUGUACAGUUGAAGCAAGCUGAAUGGGCAAAUUUACACUGGUACGUUACUGGGUCAUGUCUCUCCUAAGUAAGCAUCUAAAGAAAUGAUAGCAUUUAUUUGCUGUUCAAGUUUCAGCUUUUGAUUUAAAAUGCUUCAUAAAUGUCUGGGAAAGUUGGAAAUGACUUUUUAAAGAUAGAAAAUAGAACUGGAAUGUCAAUGUUUUUUAACAAAAUUAUCUAUGAAAUCUUAUGUUUCUGUUAUUUGUCCUAAGUUGGUUCUUUAUUUGUUUCAUUUCUGAAGUUUGUUUGAAGAUAGAUGCUUCAUUUAAGAUUGAUUGGGCCAUGUGACCUGCCAGUGCAAGUUGUCCAUUGAGAUAGUACGCUUACCGGAAUCAUUUUUUUAAAAACUCUCGAAAAAGGAAUUUAUUUUAAAUAUGAAACUUCCAUUCAUACUAUAUUUAAUUUUGAUUUUUUUGUUUUCAUUAUGAUAGAUUUGAAAUAUUUGAGAUUACUAAGAAGUCAAUUACUUAGUUAAUUAAACAAUUAUAGCACUUACACGCCAUACUAUGUCUCAUGAAAGUACUUUGUAACACUUAAUAUGUCAAUAUCAAUAAUUAUUUCAAAAGGUUUGAUGUUGAUGGGAGAUUACACUCCAUUUCUAAUACCUUUACAAAGUAUCUUCAUAAGGACGGGAUUUUAAACAGACAGCUAUAAUAUGCACUCAUAUUGACAUUACAAGAACUGGAAAAUGAAAUAAGACCAGACUUAGCUGACGGUCCGGUACUUGGUAAAGGUCUGUCUGCACUGGCAAUUUUUGUGGCAAUUUUUGCAGUCAGUUUGAUCUAAGUUCAUAAAGUUUAUGAAGUUGUAAACUUUCAUUUAGUAUGCCUAGAUGAGUCAACUAAACAUCUCUUCACAAGGAUAAGGAAAAUAUACUAUGUUUUUGACAGAAAUUGCUGCAAAAAUUACCACAAAAAUUGUCACUGUGAACUACUUUUACGUAGAGGGCCAGUCAGCUUAAGUCCAUGUGGGAGGGAGAGGGGGGAUUUGGAUGUGUAAUCCCUCCAGGCCCUCUUUAUAUAGUGGUUUCAUUCAUUAAUUUGUGGAACUAUAAUCCAAACAACCUUCAAUAUACCAGUUACCAAACCAGGGAGCUGUCUGAACUCAUUUCAGCAGCUUGUUUUAUACUACUUUUUUACUGAACUUUGCCCAUUUGGAAAUUAUGUAGAAUACUAUUACUGAGAUAGUGAACUAUACUUUUAAGAGGAAACUGUGGAUCUUUCAGAUUAUUAUUUUGCUUAUUAUCACCUACACCUUGAAAACUGCAUGUUCCUCAAAACAUCAUAGUUGCUCUUGAACUGAGUAUUCAGGUAAAUAUUUUGGAACAUCCAGUUUCCACGGGCAACUAUCACUGCAUAAUGACCUGGAUUCAGCUUGUUUAAAUAGUGAAUAAGGAUAAAACUUUCUUGUCUCUUUUGCAUAUUUAUCAACUGUCACAUAUGCCUGCAUUUUAUUCAUUAUUUACUAUAAAGCUAUUUAGAAAAUAAGGUCACUUUGUUAGCCAGUUAUAAUCUGAAAGUCACUCUGUUUUUUCAGCUAUUCUACACUCAUUUCCAAACUGCACGACAAGUUAUUUUUUGUCCAAAAGAUGAGAAUAAUAUAAGAAUAAUUAUAAAAUAUAUACAUUGAAGCUUACUCUUGUAUUGCUAUUUAUUUUCUUUAAAUUGAAAAAAAACUUUGCUACGAUGAAUUGUGUGAUAGUGAAGGUUUAUAUGCUACUGUGCCUACAAUGUGGACAGAACACGUUAUUAUCUUUGGUUAUGAAUAUAUUUAUUGAUAACAUUCGUAAUAAAAUAUAUCUCUGUCUAUUCUAAUAAAUUGUGAGAAUGAUAUUA